UCUUCCUCUUCCUCUUCCUCUUCCUCUUCCUCUUCCUCUUCCUCUUCCUCUUCCUCUUCCUCUUCCUCUUCCUCUUCCUCUUCUCUCUCUUCUUCCUCCUCUCUUUCUCUCCCUCCUCUCUCUCUCAUCAACUCACCAUGCGCCUGCGUCCCAGAUCCUCCCUCGCGGAGCACUGGUUCCUCCUCUUCCUCUCGCUCUACAUCGCCUCCUUCUACGUCAACGGCUACCUAGCCCACCCCCAACGCAAACCAUCCACCCCCCCUCCACAGCACGAAGACUACCGCCUCUCCGUCUCCGACCCAUCCCUCCCCUACGGCCUCGCAGACCAGCACCGCGCCACCCACCGCCCCCAACAAUCCCUAAACUACCUCGUCAACUACACAAACCUCGACUUGUGCUUCGUCUCCUCCGACGCCAUCACCGGCCACGCCGGCAUGCCGCCCUGCCGCACCAUCAAAUCCCUCGUCGAAUCCAUCUCCUCCGGCGGCCGCGUCGGCAUCGACGCUCCCUACGUCCCGCGCGACUGCGCAAUGUGGUGGUACACCACCGACGAGCUCUGCGCCGUCAUGGCGCGCUACAGCCUCGUCUUCUUCAUUGGCGACGAGUCCCUCGCAAACGUCUUUGGCGGCCUCCUCUCGCUCCUGCGCGAGGACGCCCAUCUCGGCGCCGUUCUCGCGCAGCGGUUUGACCACGAACGGUUAAUGACCUCCUGUGCGUGCGACAGCGCCUAUCUCGACUCCGACAUCGCCUGCGUGCAGAGCCGGCCCACGAGCGUACGCGAGAUCUAUGAUCUCGAUCGCACGCAGAUUAAAUGCCGAACGCCCGGCCUCGCGCCGUUCGUCGACGCUCAAUUCGUCUCGCUCGACGGGUUCCCGCCGGCCGAAGACGACGUGCGCAGGCUGCAGCACCAGCUCGUGAGAUUGGUCGCGCGGGACUCGAAGCCCGUGGCUUUCGUCUACAGCCACGGCGGCGCCCGUACGAAUCCAAAGGGGUUCAACCCUGACGAAACAGCCGCCUGGCUGUCGCACGUCCGCGACGCAGUCAGGGCCACCAUCCCGCGCGUGGUUGCCGUGCGCGAAGUGUUUCUCACCGCGGGCGCGACCGGGCCGCAGGUGCCGGACCAGAUGCUGUUCACGCACGGGCUGCAGGCCGCGCAGCGGUUCGAGAGCGACCUGCGCGCGCGGGCGGAACGCGUCGGGUUCGACGUCAUCGGGACGUGGAACGCGACAGUGCAGACGCGGUUUGCGGCUGACGGGGUGCAUAAUCGGGUGCCGGUCAAUCUGCUCAAGGCGACGAUGGUCGUCAACUGGCUUGAUCUGGCGGAGCCUGCGUAUCUCUCGGGGGGUCUGUAGGGGUUGCUUGUGUGUGUUUCUGUUUCUGUUAUCUUGCUAUUUACGUUCUUGCUUGC